CAGGAUAGACAGGUACAUACCGUCCUGCACGGAGCUGCACACUGCACUCAAACAAACGGGGAAGGGAACUGUGUAGCAGGGGCGAAAACAAAGUCCUCCUCAGUGGGACUUAUCUAGGUAGUUAAAGAGGAGCUCUGGAAAUAUCAAUAGCGCCGCUUCAGUCAAGGGAACAUGCUGAUUCGACGCUUUUCCGUCUCCAAGAGAACAUAGUUCAAUAAUAAACGACCUGAUGCAGAAUGACAACGCUGUGCGGUGGACAACUCUAAACGCCAGAAUAUGCAGGCAGAACAGGUCAUUUCAACCAACAGACUUAUGUGUUAUUCAGCUAAUUCCUACCACGGCUGUGAUUUGGCAGAAAAGGCACUGAUGUCAUAGCUCAGCACUUCAGAGUGAGCGGUCAUUCACGAGUGUGACAAUGCUCUGGUGAACCCCAACACUUAGGCCUAACCCUGACAAUGGACCGCCAAACUGCUGUGACAGCAGACAUGGUCAAACAGAGAAGAGGAGUGACGCAGGUGUUUGAAUGUGGUUAAGGGCAGGUUGAUAAUCUAUAAUCACAGGCUUUUCAUUUCAUCCCAGGCUAACAUUACUGUUGCAAGAACUCCAAUUAUUUGACAAUGGGGAAUAUGUGUCUACAAAAACCUUAGAGCAAAGCAAAAAUGUUGAUUUUGUAGGCCAAGGAACACACUCAACAAACAGCUUUUAUGUCAAUAUACAAAAGGAUCAACAUGUAUUAGAAACACUUAGCCUGUUGACUUUGGACUCCAGUAGGUACAAUGAAGAGGACGUUUAACUUUCAGUCACAGAUUUUUGAUUAAGUACAAACUGUUUGAGGAAUUUAUUUUCUGUUUUUCUGUUUCACAUAUCUUUUCUUUUAAAGUAAUAUGUAACAAACUCAUUACAGCCAACAUCCUGAAGAGGCUACCUUACAGUACGGUGUUGUACAAGUGGUUGAGCAUACAGUGUGAGUAAUUAGGGCAAGGUUAUGAGUGCAUAGCAGCUAUAAACCCAUGUUAAAUAUUACAACAUCCAAAGCUCACGAUUCUCAAGAAAUAGAUCAGCUUGGAGUUUAAUAACUCAACGUUCUUAAGAUCUCUGCAGUUGUGUGUGAAAAGUUGUUGAUUUAGGAGUAGUGGGUUUAAAGUGUCACCCUCUAAACCCUUAGUAUAUAUAUCCAGAAUCCCCAUCCAGGAGAAAUGUUCACAUGCUGAUCCAAAAAGUGCUGCAGUCUGCAUUUAUUAAGCUGUUCAUUUAACAAAACCAGCAAGCCUUCAUGUUAACUCUGCUGUGUCAGGCGCGUUUCCACACUCUUGAGUUUUCUUUAAAGCAUCACAGCACAUCCAUUAGCUCACCUCAAUAGUGACUAUGAAUCGUGUCAUGAUGAGCCUUCCAACAUUUCAUUCAGUUUCAGAUAAUGUGUACAAAAUAAAUCAAAGCCAUCCAUGUGCUGCAGAGCUGAGAGGACUAGAGAUCGGAUCACACAAUAAUUGACUUAAUUGGUUGCCAACUAUUUAAGAAAACAAAUGUGUCGUUGUCAUUUUUCAAGCUUAAAUGACAAAUAUGAACCUUUGUUCCUACUUGACAAUAGUGACGUUUAUCUUACUUUUGUCUCGAGAUGAUAAAUAAUGAAGGAUUUUGAUUUUAUAGACUGAAUAAUUUAUCAGUUAAUUGAAAGUGUAAGCUGAUUGGAUGGCUGAUUGAUUGAUAAAUGAACUAACAACAUAAUACAAUACGACCUUUUAAUUACUUUUCAAUAAAAACUAUUUUACUCUCGACAUGUUUCUUUUUUUUUUAAACGGUCAUGACAUUAGUUAUAAGCCUAUUUUUUUUUUAAUUUAAUCAUUUGUUAGCACGAUUUGUGGGGAUCUAUUAAUAAAAACUAAUAUUUCUUGACAAUAACAGUGAAAAAGAAUUCCUUCAUCAGAACAUUGAUGGCACUGUCAGCUGAUUCAGCUCCAAGUUAAUCAAUACAUUUCUGUGUACUUUGCCCGACAGUGAUGUUGUUAAACCUGGCAAGCGCCUAAAAUCAAAAGCAUCAUCAACAACAACAACAACAACAACAAAGGGAAAGCUGCUGCUUGGUUAAUACGGUGAAACAUCAGGGCUAACGUUAGCAGAUGUGAGCUUACAGGUCGAUAUAAAAUGGCACCAAGCUAUGCAUUGCUUGCCAAGGAGGCCAUUGUACUGCUCGAUAAGUUCAGUGCAGGCAGACAGUUUUUGGAUGACUUCAUUGAAGAUGCUUCAAAGGAUCUGCAGAACAUGGACACUCUUCAGAAGAAGUUCAUACUUGAUAUCGUUUCUGGAUGUGCCGAGCAGAACAAGUUACUGGACGCAGUUAUCAAUGUAUUCUAUGGCCAUAAUGGAAAGUGCAUAUCCAGAGGUGAUCGCAGCCAGUUUGCCAUUAUCUGUUACCUGGCCAUUUUUGCCCUUGAUGACAUUGGACUACAGCAUUUUAGCAAAAUUGUCAAAUCUCUGGACAUCAAUAAGAUGCACACGUUCCUGGAUUUCUUCUUCACAAACCUCACCACAUGGAUACAAGAAGAAUGGAAUACAAUCUAUGAUGCUGCCUAUGUUGAGAAACACUGGAUUGGUCCUCUGCUAAGAUGGCGCCCUGAGAUCAAUAUUUUCUUGGACCAGCUUUCUCUGAAAAUAUCUCAAGGGACUCAGACCAAAAAAGCCCCGGCUAAAACCACCGAGCCCAAGGAGUUUUCUCUCACCAAACCUAAACCUUCAGCUCUCCCUCUGCCUGAGUUCAUACCACAGCAGGAGAAAUGCAAACCAGUACCAAGUAGCACUUAUAGGCCUCCUAAAGAGAUUCAGAUGAUAGAGGAGAUCAAACAGAAGAACCAUCAAAAGACUGAGGAACUGCUCUAUGAAGCAAACAUGAAACAGUUCAGAUGCGGAAACAUGCAGAAGUCCGAACACACCAAGAAAGUAGUGUCUCAGAUUAGGGAGGAUUUUGAUUCAAAACUAAAGUUCAACUCAUUUCAGUCCUCUCGAUGUCCUUCCAGAAAAAAGACUAACAACUGGCCCAUCAAGCUUAAUAGUGCUGCAAUCCUGAGGCAAGGGGCGCUAUUUGACCGUCAGGCUGAGGAGGAGCUGCAAAGAAUGGAGCGUCUUGUGGAGGGAGGCCGUGAGCCAUCGUCCUUCCUACACUGGCAGAAGGAGAUGCGUGAGAGGGAUCUUCAAGAGGAGCUGGCCGCCGUUGAGCGCAGACGUUUGGAGGGACGCAUUAGUUAUGAAGAGGCAGCCAUGGCACGCACACACUUAAUGGAACGCAACCAAAAGACUGCUCAGCUGAAGAAGGAAGAGACUGCUGAGCUGAUGAGGAAAUACGCUGAGAAAAGGCUGCAAGAGGAAAAAGAAAUGAGAGGCCUGGUGCAACAAGUAGCAGAAGGACAUAAGAACUCAAAGGCAGCUAAAGAGAGGAUUCAGAAAUUCAAGCAAAGUAUAGUGAAAGAAGUCUCGGAGCAAAGUCGAGAGCUCCUCCGCCAGGCGCUAGAGGAGGCACAGGCUGAGCUAAGCAGGAAAUUUGAAAUCAUCUAUGAAAUCCGUGCCAUUGAAUCCCUCCCUCAUGAUAGAGUGAAGAAUUUUGAUGACACACAGACUGCAGGUCACGACCUGCUGGGAGAGAUGUCCCUGUGCGAGCUGAGGGAGCGGCUCACUCUCCUCAAGGAUAAGCAGCAGGCGGAGCAGCAGGAGAAACGGGUGCAAAUCCUGGAGGAGAAGCAGAACAAGAAGCAGAUGCUGUUGGAGCAGUUAGACACCAAUGACCUCCACAGCAGAGCAUUGGCACAGGCUGCAUCCAUCAGGAGAGAGGAGAGGAAAAGCAGACUGGGUAUUCGGCAGGUGGUCCCUCAGGAUGAGACAGUUUUGGCUUUGCAGAGGAAGCUCGAAGAGAAACAACAAGAGCGCCAAAGACUGAGGCAAAUUGAGAGUCAGAGGAGCAAAACAUCCGAGCAAGCAGCCUCACAGUCUGUUGCAGACACACGCAACAGAAAGGAGAAAACCUGGGAGGAAGUGGAGCUGAUUUUAGAGCAUCAUAUCCAGAUGGAAACUCCUCAUGUUGUUCUCUGAUGGAAGCAUUCAAGACUUAAAUAUGUUGCAACAUCUAUCCCAUGGCUUGAAUGCUUUAUUUAGGCCUGAAAGAGUUAUGUUUGUUGC